GAAGUGGGGAGUGCGACUGGAACUUGUUAAUUUUAACAACCUGUUUUAAGCGUAUACCUGCCCACGCACCUCACGCUAGAAGGCAGAAUUCGUACAGAAAUCGCUCGCGAUGAAAAUGCUAUUAGUGUUGUGUUUUCUUCUUUUACAUGGUUAUGUGGUGUUUGCGGUGAAAACCACGGGUGUGUAUGUGGAUAAUGGCCUCGACCAAACAGCCGUAGACUUCAUGUCCAAUGAGGAAAGAAAAGAAAUGGAGGUGGAGAUUCUGAAUCUCCUCGGACUGCCCAACCGACCCAGAAAGAUCAAUAAGCAACCACUAGAAAAAUCUGCUCCUAGAUUCUUACUAGACAUCUACAAAUCCUUGAUGGAGUCUGAAAAUGAAGAGAACCAUAGGAUGAAAAGAGAUGUAGCCAAUGAAUUGAGCAUCAGCGGAGAAGAACGGCAACAAAUUGACGAGAGUGACGUCAUCAUGACUUUCGAAAGUGCUAAUCACCAUGUAAGUAACGUAAGACAUGAACGAGGAAAAAGAUUGUGGUUCAAUGUCUCUGAGGUUCCCAUUGCAGAGGAUAUAGUUGGAGCAGAAUUAAGGAUAUUCAAGAACAAAGUCAAUGAAAAAAAUCCAGAUUCUGUUUACACUAUUUCGGUAUACCAGCUUAUCAAUACUGAUAAUGGAGAACGUGAACUAGAAUAUGUGUCUGCCCUUAACGUGACCUCGGAUUUAUCGGAUUGGGUCACACUGAACGUCACUGCCUGUUUAGCUACUUGGGUGGCAUUUCCUGCCUCUAACAAGGGUCUUUAUUUAUCGGUUCAGCCGCUCUCUCGACCAGGUCAUGAAAUAAGACCAGAAGAUAUCGGACUAGUAACCACGAAGGCAGAAGAUAAAAUACAGCCGUUUAUGGUCGCUUUCUUGAAAGCUCAGAACCAUGUUAAGGCAAGAACAGCGAGGUCACCAAAAACGAAGAAAGAUACCACCUUUUCAAGUAUAGUGCAUGGAUAUAAAAACAAUGAACCAGACUCCAGGAGAAGCUGCAGAAUAGAAACCUUGUACAUCAGCUUCAAAGACUUGAAGUGGCAAGACUGGAUCAUAGCCCCCGAUGGAUACGCUGCAUAUUACUGUACAGGCGAAUGCAACUUUCCGCUGAAUGCACAUAUGAACGCCACAAACCACGCUAUCGUGCAGACCUUAGUCCACUUGAUGAAUCCUUGGAGGUUCCCGAAGCCCUGUUGUGCACCUACAAAGUUGUCACCCAUAUCAGUAUUAUAUUUCUUGGACGAUCAAAAUGUGAUUCUAAAGAAAUAUAAGAAAAUGGUAGUGAAGAGUUGUGGCUGUCACUAGGUAGUUCAUUUAAAAGAAGAAAAUGAUUUUCAAUAUCAAAAAAAUCGAAAGGCACUACGCUGGUUGAAAUUGAACAUUAAGGAAUAAGUAAUCUAUUUACUUAUAAUGACAAAAAAUAUCCGAGAUACACCUAAUAGAGGUAACCGCCGAAGACUGAAUAUGUUUUCAAACAUCACAGGUGAACAGUGACUUGUUAUUACUGAUAAUGAGCUAUGCGUUGCUCCAAAAACUAAAAAAAGGUAGAUUUUUGUGUAUCCUCAUUUAACCAAGACCAUAAAAUUGUGGAGAAGAUACGUAUGAUGUAAAUAAGUCAAACAAAUGUGAUUCUUUUAGAUGUAGGAGACAUUUUCUUAUACAUGUAGUUCUGUAGCUAUGUGCGCCCGCAGGUGGAGAUCAGGGGCGGACAUCCCCUGAGAAUCAAGUUGGAUCUUCAAAUUUGCAUAUUUAGCAUGAUUUUGUGUACAAUUUUGGGGAUUUCUAGCAUUUGCCACCCCCCUCUCCAAGAAAAUAUGUUGACCCCCGCUCUUCCAAAAAUGUACAUAUUCCCCAAAAAUUAUCUUUCUCAGAAGAUCGUUCCCCCUGAAACUAAUUCCUGCGGGCGCCCAUAUCUGUAGCCGAUAUUCUUCAAGAUGUAGAAACUAAUAAGCCAUUUUCACCAUCGCUUUUUGGUUAUAUUAUUUGUAUUAUUCGGUGUUGUAAUUUUUUUUCACUUUGACUUUGUAAAUAUUCUCAAGUGUGCGUGAAUGCUACUAAAGACGUGUUAAUGUGUGGAACUGACAAUUGAUUCUGUAUAUGUUUCUAUUGGCCAUAGUUUGUAAGUCUGUGUAAGUCCUUUUUUAUAUAUGUCAUUUUUGUAAAUGUUUGUAUUUGUGUAUGGUUAUAUAUUUUAAUAAAAGUACGUAAAGUAUAAAAUUAUCUGUGUACAUCGCAAGAUUAUCAGGUAUUUACAUGUCCAUGUGAGCCCUCUAUGCACACUGCAACUGGAGUAUUGUUGAAAUCAGAGACUGCUGUUUUCAAGUCUUUGGGCUAGACAGGUCUUCUGGGGAAGGAGAAACAGGGAAAUAAUGGCAUUAUCCUCACCGAUAUAUCUCGUGACAAAGUUUAAGAAAUUCUGAUCAAUAUAUUCUAUAGUAUUCAACUUGUACCUACCUAUUUUUACUUUCAAAAACAUACAUAGACCUAUAUUUUGCUAUAACUGACAGCCACGUUAUUUUAUUAUUCAAAGUAAAAUCUGAUGAAGAUGAUUUCAUGAUUUAUACUGCAGAACGAAUCUAAAUAGGUGUCCUUUUGAAAGGAUCCUUUUAGUAUUACCGAUUGUCGUCUGUGCACUUUUGUUACAUUCUCUAUGCAGAUACUUCUAAAAUCCUUCGAGUAAUAACUUUUUUCUGAGGCUAACAGUACGAUACCCAUUAGUGGAUUUUGUACCAAAGCAAGAGAAUAAAAGUGUUUCAAAUCUUGCUCAUUCUUCAAUAUGAGUAAACUAUUUCGAUUCACCUCGUAUUGAUCAAUAUAUGUCAAGUAUUUUUUGUAUUUAUAUAAAUGUUUAAUUAUGUAUGAGUAUAAAAUCAUGACGGAGGAUGCGUAUAACACAUGCUGAUGUACAUUUUCUGUUGAUGGUUAAUCAAAAAAAUGGCCUCAAGUAGGUUGACCUUGUGCUUCCCGUAAUUCUGGAUAAAUGCGGACUUAAUUUAUACAUCAUCAUCUGAGUCCAGUUUUGUUGGUUCUGGUAUCUUUAUUGUGUUGCCUGCUAUGAAGAACCUAGUACCCUGACAUAAGGCCGUAGAAAGUAGAGUGAAUAUCAUCAGUCUAAAAAAGCUUUGCUGAUUUGGCAAAAAAUGAAAUUAGGGGCUUUGAAAAUGUUGUGGUAGGCUUAUUACUGAUCGACUGUGACCUUACCUUCAUGUAAUAUAAUGAAUAUAAUUUGAUGAUGAUAUGAUUUGUUC